AUGUCUGCCAACGGCGAUGCCACGAAACCUCCGACUAUCCUCGAAAAGAUCUACGCACAACGCCAACAGGAUGUAGAGGCGGCGGAGGCGACCCCAGGUACACGUCCGGAGGAGAUCGACGCGUACCUGCAGAUGGGCCUCGCGCCGCCCCUCAUCCCGCUCGUCCCGAGGCUCAGGACCAACCCCUCCACAGAGACUGCCAGCCCGUCGCUCAGCCUGAUGGCCGAGAUCAAGCGAGCCUCCCCUUCCAAAGGCGACAUCGCGCCGCACGUAAACCCCGCGCGCCAGGCCCUCCUCUACGCACAGGCGGGGGCCUCCGUCAUCUCCGUCCUUACCGAGCCAACGUGGUUCAAGGGCUCCCUCCUCGACAUGCGCCUCGUCCGCCAGGCGAUCGACGCCCUCGGGCCCGCUCGACCCGCCGUUCUCCGCAAGGAGUUCAUCUUCUGCGAGUACCAGAUCGCGGAGGCGCGCCUGCACGGCGCGGACACGGUCCUGCUGAUCGUCGCCAUGCUCACGCAGGAGCAGCUCGCGCGGCUCUACGCGUACUCGCUCUCGCUCGGAAUGGAGCCGCUCGUGGAGGUGAACAACGCACGGGAGAUGACGCGUGCGCUCGAGGUGGGGGCGAAGGUCGUCGGGGUGAACAACCGGAACCUGCACGACUUCAGCGUGGACAUGGGGACCACGAGCGGAUUGGUGGACAUGGUGCGCGAGCGGGACGUCGUCUUAUGCGCGCUGAGCGGCAUCCAAGGGCCGGAAGACGUGAGGCUGUACAAGGAGCAGGGCGUGAACGCGGUCCUGGUGGGAGAGAGCUUGAUGCGCGCAAAGGACACGACUGCGUUCAUUCGGGAAUUGUUGGCGUGGCCGGGUGCGUAAGCCCGUAAGAGGCCAUUCUCUCGCAAACCCUGGAGCUACAG